CUUGCUAUGGCAUCGUUCAGGUGCCAACGGGACCCUGGUUCUGCCGGAAGUGUGAAUCUCAGGAGAGAGCAGCCAGGGUGAGGUGUGAGCUGUGCCCACACAAAGACGGGGCAUUGAAGAGGACUGACAAUGGAGGCUGGGCCCACGUGGUGUGUGCCCUGUACAUCCCCGAGGUGCAGUUCGCCAACGUGCUCACCAUGGAGCCCAUCGUGCUGCAGUACGUGCCUCACGACCGCUUCAGCAAGACCUGCUAUAUCUGUGAGGAGCAGGGCCGGGAGAGCAAGGCGGCCUCGGGAGCCUGCAUGACCUGUAACCGCCACGGAUGUCGACAAGCCUUCCACGUCACCUGUGCCCAGAUGGCAGGCCUGCUGUGUGAGGAGGAAGUGCUGGAGGUCGACAAUGUCAAGUACUGCGGCUACUGCAAAUACCACUUCAGCAAGAUGAAGACGUCCAGGCACACCAGUGGAGGCGGUGGUGGCAGUGGCAGCACAGGGGGAGGUAGCAGUGGCUUUGUCGCUGGCAGGAGAAGCCGGUCAGCCUCACCAUCCACCCAGCAGGAGAAGCACCCGACCCACCACGAGAGGGGCCAGAAGAAGAGUCGAAAGGACAAAGAACGCCUUAAACAGAAGCACAAGAAGCGGCCUGAGUCACCCCCCAGCAUCCUCACCCCGCCAGGGGUCCCCACUGCUGACAAGGUCUCCUCCUCGGCUUCCUCUUCCUCCCAUCAUGAGGCCAGCACUCAGGAGACCUCUGAAAGCAGCAGGGACUCGAAGGGGAAAAAGUCUUCCAGCCAUAGCCUGAGUCAUAAGGGGAAGAAGCUGAGCAGCGGCAAAGGUGUGAGCAGUUUUACCUCCGCCUCCUCCUCCUCCUCCUCUUCCUCCUCCUCCUCUGGGGGACCCUUCCAGCCUGCAGUUUCGUCCCUGCAGAGCUCCCCCGACUUCUCUGCCUUCCCCAAACUGGAGCAGCCAGAGGAGGACAAGUACUCCAAGCCCGGGGCCCCCACCCCCUCGGCCCCACCCUCUCCCUCAGCCCCUGAGCCCCCCAAGACUGACCUCUUUGAGCAGAAGGUGGUCUUCUCUGGCUUUGGACCCAUCAUGCGCUUCUCCACCACCACCUCCAGCUCGGCCCGGGUUCGGGUCCCCUCCCCUGGGGACUAUAAGUCUCCCCACGUCAUGGGGUCCGGGGCCUCAGCUGGCAGCCACAAGAGGAUGCCCGCGCUGAGUGCCACCCCUGCACCUGCUGAGGAGCCCCCUGAACCAGGCCUGAAGGAGAAGAAGCACAAAGCCAGCAAGAGGAGCCGACAUGGGCCAGGUCGUCCCAAGGGCAGCCGAAACAAGGAGGGCACUGGGGGCCCGGCCCUUCCCGCCCUGCCUGGGGCCCAGCUGGCCGGCUUUACUGCCACGGCCGCCUCACCCUUCUCCGGAGGUUCCCUGGUCAGCUCUGGCCUGGGCGGCCUGGCCUCCCGCACCUUUGGGCCUUCUGGGAGCUUGCCCAGCCUCAGCCUGGAGUCCCCCCUGCUGGGGGCAGGCAUCUACACCAGUAAUAAGGACCCCAUCUCCCAUGGUGGCGGGAUGCUGCGGGCUGUCUGCAGCACCCCCCUCUCUUCCAGCCUGCUCGGGCCCCCAGGAACCUCUGCCCUGCCCCGCCUCAGCCGGUCCCCCUUCACCAGCACCCUCCCCUCUUCCUCUGCUUCUAUCUCCACCACUCAGGUGUUCUCUCUGGCUGGCUCUACCUUUAGCCUCCCUUCUACCCACAUCUUUGGAACCCCUGUGGGCGCCGUUAACCCCCUCCUCACCCAGGCGGAGAGCAGCCACACAGAGCCAGACCUGGAGGAUUGCAGCUUCCGGUGUCGGGGGACCUCCCCCCAGGAGAGUCUGUCUUCCAUGUCCCCCAUCAGCAGCCUCCCUGCCCUCUUCGACCAGACAGCGUCUGCACCCUGUGGGGGCAUCCAGUUAGACCCGGCAGCUCCAGGAACGACUAACAUGGAACAGCUGCUGGAGAAACAGGGCGACGGGGAGGCCGGUGUCAACAUCGUGGAGAUGCUCAAGGCGCUGCACGCGCUGCAGAAGGAAAAUCAGCGGCUACAGGAGCAGAUCCUGAGCCUGACGGCCAAGAAGGAGCGGCUGCAGAUUCUUAACGUGCAGCUCUCGGUGCCCUUCCCCGCUCUGCCUGCCGCCCUGCCUGCCGCCAACGGCCCUGUCCCUGGGCCUUAUGGCCUGCCUCCGCAAGCCGGCAGCACCGACUCCUUGAGCACCAGCAAGAGCCCUCCAGGGAAGAACAGUCUCGGCCUGGACAACUCGCUGUCCACAUCUUCUGAGGACCCACACUCAGGCUGCCCAAGCCGCAGCAGCUCGUCGCUGUCCUUCCACAGCACGCCCCCACCGCUGCCCCUGCUCCAGCAGAGCCCUGCCACUCUGCCCCUGGCCCUCCCUGGGGCCCCUGCCCCGCUCCCGCCCCAGCCGCAGAAUGGGUUGGGCCGCGCGCCCGGGGCAGCAGGGCUGGGGGCCAUGCCCAUGGCUGAAGGGCUACUGGGGGGACUGGCGGGCAGGGGGGGCCUGCCCCUGAAUGGGCUCCUUGGGGGGUUGAAUGGGGCUGCUGCCCCCAACCCUGCAGGCUUGAGCCAGGCUGGUGGGGCCCCGGCGCUGCAGCUGCCAGGCUGUCUCAACAGCCUGACCGAGCAGCAGAGACACCUUCUUCAGCAGCAGGAGCAGCAGCUCCAGCAGCUCCAGCAGCUCCUGGCCUCCCCUCAGCUGACCCCGGAACACCAGACUGUGGUCUACCAGAUGAUCCAGCAGAUCCAGCAGAAGCGGGAGUUGCAGCGGCUGCAGAUGGCUGGGGGCUCUCAGCUGCCCAUGGCCAGCCUGCUGGCAGGAAGCUCCACCCCACUGCUGUCUGCGGGCACCCCUGGCCUGCUGCCCACAGCAUCUGCCCCACCCCUGCUGCCUGCUGGAGCCCUGGUGGCUCCCUCGCUCGGCAACAACACAAGUCUCAUGGCUGCAGCAGCUGCGGCAGCAGCAGUAGCAGCAGCAGGCGGACCACCAGUCCUCACUGCCCAGACCAACCCCUUCCUCAGCCUGUCGGGGGCGGACAGCAGUGGCAGUGUCCCCAAAGGAGGGACCGCUGACAAAGGAACCUCAGCUAACCAGGAAAAAGGCUAACUGCACCCACAUCCCUGCUGACCCCCAAAUGGAGGGGGUCCUAGCCUGGAGUAGGCAUCUGCACCCAGACACUGGAGAGGCCAGCCCAGAGCCUGAGGUCCUGGGAGUGUGGGGAGAGCCUGGUGCUGAGAACUGAGGCUGAGAGGAGAGCCCGUGCCAUCUGGCCCCGACCCUCUCUGUACUGCCCCCUUUGUGAGACGCUCAGAGGGAGGACAGGCUCAACACCUGCCUGGGAGCUCCCCACUCAGCAAAUGUUUUGAGGUCCCCCAGAGAGCAAAGUGGGCCAUGAUGUGGGAGAGGGGGGGGUCAAUGGGACCCGCCACCUAAAAUGGAUCAGCACUUGAACGAGAAGCAGUGGAGGGACAGGCCCUGGGCCUGCCCUGUGUGGAAAUCUUAGGAAGAAGGGCUGGCCCGACUUUACCUGCAGUUUCUUCCCAGCUGAGCAGAUGGCAGAGGGGUCCCUUGGACUGUUUUGCCCCCUUCCUCGCCCCCCAGGGAUCACAAGCUGAGCUUGUAAAGCCCACAGGCGUGGGGUGCUGCGCUGCGGGCGGGCUGCGGGCCCUGUGGAAGAGGUCCCUGUGAUAGGGAGCGGGAGGCCCCAGCUGUCCUCGGUGUCCUGCCCUUGUUUGCACUAUUGGAUUUAGGAGUGCCGAGGGUGGGGAGAUGGAGCUGCCUGACUCACAGCGCGAGUGCACGUGUGUGUUUGUGUGUGAGUGUGCGCGUGCGUGCAUGUCUAUCUGUCUUCUUUCUGUCUCUCUCUCCCUGUCCCCCGGAUCUAGGCCGCCUAAGGCAGGGAUAGGAGCACUGUUCAGAUGAAGCAGCACCGGGCAGGGAGGACCCCCCAGCUCUUGUUUGCACCCUCCCCAGCUCACCAACUCUGGUCCCUCUUGGGGCCUGAAUGAUUAUCAAAAACCAGAACAGUACUCCCAUAUUGGAGAGUAACUGGGGGCUGGGGGCUUUGAAUCAGGGUACUAUCCUGCCUUCCCUUCCCCAGACCCCACAUGGUCUCAGGGCCCCCUCAGGGCCCCCCUGUCCCCACCUAUAGUUUGGUCCUUCUUCCCUGGCACAAGGGGAGCCCCAGGGAUGAGGGGAGGGAUGGGGGGGAAGUGCCACUUGUUUUAGCAAAAGCCUCCUUCCCAGAAUGAACCAGCCUGCUUCCUGCACCCCACUCCACCCCACCAACCAGGGGAGCUGCUUAAGCUGACUUAGCAACUGUCCCUUCACCCACCAGCUAUUUCCCAGGGUGUAGUGGGCAAUUCUCACCUUAGAAGAGUGUCCCGUUCCCCCCCCCAACACAGGGCCUUCGGUGGCAAGGGCCAAGUGGGCCAGCUCUGGGGGAGAGGCAAGGUUGGAACCUGGUCUGGUUCCUUUGCACUGGGGUUGGAGCCAGGGUAGGCCUUUCCAGCUUUCCCUGAUGCUCAUGUCUUGUCAGUCUCUGCAUGUGUGGGUUUUUCUGUGUGUGUUUCCGUUUGGGUUUUUGUUGUUGUUGGGUUUUUUUGGUUGUUUUUUUUUUUUUUUUUUUUAAAUAAAGAAAAGAAGAUUUGUAUAUUUUUGGCAAUGACAGAAACGUAGUGCAGAUAUAUUUUUGCCUGUGCUGCUCAACUGUUUUUUUUUCUGAUACUGAAAAUAAUAUUAAUAUUCCCGUUGAUAAGACUUUGUAAGAUGUUAGGGCGCUGAUAAUGGAGGGGGGGUGGGAGUCUUUCAGAGUCAAUUUCUUAGGCACUUGCAAGGGCUUGGGGGAGGGGGAGGCAGAUGUGAUGACCUCAGAGAUACUCUUUAUUAAUGCUAAGUAUCAGCUAGAAAGAAAUGAUAGCCGUCAGCAUUUUAUUCAUCUUAAUCUAUUAAGCUCUCUUAACUCCCUGCACCCAAACCACUGAGAAGAUACAUAACCUUCCGAGAUUCUUAGAGGAGCUGCUUAUUCACACGCACUUAGAACCGAAGUUCACGUCUAUUCAGGAUGGUAAGAGCAGUGCAGACACUGAAGGCCUGCUGUGUGGAAGAGGGGUCCAGAAGACCCGUGCACUGAACCGGGACACUUGCCCCCUUUGCGCCCCCAACCCAGGCUUAGGGGUUUUGUCUCCAAGACUGUUUCCCGACGUUCCCAAGCCCUUUCCUUCUCCAGGCCAGGAGACUGUGGCAGGUAGUUAUUUAAAGGCACCCAGGCUGAAUCUGGAGUGGUGCUGCUCCCCCAGAGGGAGAGGGGCAUGAGAGGUGGUGGCAUCUCCUUCCAAGGGUUCUUAAUCCUUGGAAAGGUCUGGAGAUCUACUGGGAGCAGGAUACCCAUGCAGGAGGAUGGCUGUAAUGACCUCACCAGCCUCUCCCAGCCUCAGUCCCUUUUUGGAGGAUGAAUCUAGGUGGGGUUGUGCAUGGGGAGGGCUGCAGUUUUGUCUGGGGGAGGGGAAGGGUUUGCUGAGUGGGAGUUGGAAGAUACCUGAGUGGAGCUCUGUCACCACCCUUGGCAAGGUAUGAGUGGGCGUGCAUGCGGGCUGCAGCUGGCUAUGGAAGUCAGCUGAAGGGACCUGUCUAGGCUUGCUUCACGGGUGUCAGCUCCAGGCCUGGGAGGGGCCAAGCCAGCCCUUAGGACCAUGGCUCUCCUGCCCCCUACACAGCUCUGGGUGGCUCUCUGUGCCUGUGUGUGUGACAUGGUGUGAGUGCAGGGCUGUACCCAGGAUGGGAAGGCCGUGUGUAGCACUGACUGACCUUGCUCAGAGCUGAUGGAUCCUCACCAUAGACAAUGACACUGUAAGGUUUUUUUGUUUUGUUUUUUGAAACUUCGUGUUUGCGGGUUUUCUCCCUCAGGCUCCUGGGUCUGUUGCUGCCUCCAGGUGCCCUGACCUCGAGGUUGUUCCUGUGCAGAGUUCUAGGGGCCUGCUCACCUGGACUCUGGGGAAGGGCCUAGACAAGCGCAGGGUGUCGAGCCAGGGCCCAGCUCUGAGGUGUAACCUCCACACUUCCCUUUCCUAGACGGGUUUUUAAAGGUGUAGGCUCCCUUGCUGCUUCCAGUGGGCCAGAGUUGGGGGAAGCAGUUUCCAUUUCUCCUCAUGGCAACUUAGUUUCCCCGAGAGGUGCCUACAGGAAUCGAGGUACUCCAACUUGGAGUUUGGGGGAGGGGCACAAAGUGGUCCUCCAGCCACAUCAGUCUGGGUUCAAAGCAAGUCUAACUCCCAACCACUUGGUCUUGAUCUACUGAAGAGGGGGACUGAGGGGCGCACUCAUUCUCCUUUAUUCACUCUAGCCUGACUUGGGUGGUAGGACUGAGGCCCCCAGCCCUGGCUCCCCUGCUGCCCACCCCUACCUUCCCAGUUCCCACUAGCAGACUUCCUGGGGAGCAGGGAGGGGAAGUCAGAGAUUGCAAACCCAGGGCUCCUUUUUCAUUCUAAACCUUUUUAUCCUCAGCCCAAAAGGCAGUUUUCCCUCUGUCACCUCCAAGCCUGGAAUUGUGCAUAACCCGGAUCUUGUAUCUUUGUAUAACGGAUGUUAUUUGUACGAAGGGCAGUUCGUAAACAGCACUUGUUCUUUUAAUAAAAGAAUGUUUUACAAAAAAAAAAAA